AUGAGCAGCGAGCGUGAACCAUUGAGCCCUCCCGUAUCCCCGCCUCCCGACGAGGACGAUGAAUACGGCGCCGAGGGCUCCGACGGCGGUGAAAACCUCUACACCCCCGCGCACGGUUCCGACGAGAAGGGCGACGACUCGGACAGCACCACAGACGAGCACUACGACAACGACGGCAACCACGUCCCCUCAUCGCCGCCAACCUCAAUCGACAACAUGAACAAAAACCGCCAGCUUUCGGGCGAACACUCGGGCGACCACACCACCGAAGGCUACAGAGCCCCUGCCGUGGAGACGGAGGACGAAGACGACCCGGAGGAAACCCGCCACACGCAGCGAGAGUAUUUCAAGAGCCACUACGAGGGCUCCUCGCAAUGGGAGGAUGAAGAGGGGGAGCCUGCGCAUGCGCGGCUCUCGUCUCCCCCGCUCAUGGCCCGCGUCCAGUCGCAGACUUCGUCGCGAAAGUCGCCGGCGCCGGGGCCGCCGCUGUUUCCGGCGCGACCGCGACAGAAUACGGGAUCGACGAAACCGGGAUUAGUGGGGCAUCAGUAUACCCGUCGCUCGCCGGUUUCCCGUGGGUCGUCGGUGUCGUAUGAUGGGCAGGAUCGCGAGCGUGAUCAUAGAGAUGAUCAGAAGAAGCCGCCGCUUGUGCUGCUUCAUGUGACUUUGUUGCUCCUGCCGGGUGCUGAGGAGAUUGUGCUGCGACACUUGACCCCGACUACGAUUGAUAGAGGUGUGUUGGUGGAGCAUCCGCGAGGCGACUAUAACCUGCUUGAAGAAUUGAUUCUCGAUGGGUUGGGUCUUGACGAGGAUUACGUUGAGGAGUCUACCGAAACCGAAGAGCCCGAGGAGAAGACCUGGGAGCAAGCUCUCAACAUCUCCCCCGUGUCUCCCGCCAAGAAGGCCUGGCAAGUUCGAGUAUAUGCUUCGAACGGUCUCAUGACUCCCGGCGCCUGGAAGAGGGUCUGGGCCGAGAUGGAACGGAUCGAUGUCGAGAUUUGGCCGCGAGGUUAUGCCGUCGGCAAGAGAAGCAACUUCCGCACCUUUGGCUUCGGCGGUCAUAGUCGUGGUACGAGCGCCAGCAACAUCUCUGCUAUCCUUCCGGAGGAUGCCGAUGACUACGAUGUCAAUGAUAACCGCCGCAAAUCCUACAGCUCCAGCUUCCCGCGACGAAGUAACAGCAGCGCCAGCGAGCUUGUCGCCUCUUCGGCGCCUGUUCCGAACAUGCCAGGGCGGUCCCAGGCGCCUUCGGGAGCACCGAAAUCUCGCAAGGGAAGAUCCCGAAAUGCGUCGCCUUCAGACCAGUUCGGUGCUUAUUUGGGUCGUUUACUUACGCCUCGCGCCGUGAUGAUUGGUGCUGGGAUCAACUUGCUGCUGUUUUUGUACUUUACGGUUUUCCGCUUUCUUGGUGCCGGGGCUUGGAAAGACUCGAUCUCGAGUAUUUCGCUGCCUUCUUUCGGCGGGAGGAAUAAGAUGGGCGGUAUCCAGGUGCAUGACGUUGAUGACGGGCCAUUCCCUCUGGAUGGGUGCGCAGUCGGUCUAGAUUCUGAUGUCGCCGAAGGAAAUGGAGUUGAGGGUGAGGAUGGCAUCGUCGGCGGGGAGGAGACAGAGGCCGGUGAAAGCUCUGAGACCGUGGCCGAUCCCGAGAUUCUCGACGCCGACGGCAAUGCCGUCGUUACUGAGGGUACCGAGGGUGUGGACGGGCAAGCCGAAGACGACCAAGACUCUGCGGUCGAGCAGGAGCAAGCCGCCGAUGGCGAAACCUACCUGAUGGUCGAUUCGGAGCAGGAGCCAUAUAACGGAGCGCGGGAAUCCGGUGAACAGCAAUCUGACCCUGUGGCUGGCGAGGAGUUCGAGCACGAGAGCGCCGUGGCGGGAGAGGAGGUCGAGGCUGAGGAGAAGCCGAAGAAUUCGGGGUGGCUUCCUUGGAAAUAA